AAAAAUCUCAAAAAAAAAAAAAAACCCAAAUUGCUGUGUUCUUCGUCUGGUCUUCCCCUUCUCCCUGGACCCUGUCACAGCUGUAUCUCAAUUCUCAAGGCUCGAUUCCCUCUCGUCAAUCGCUUCUCCGUUACAGAGUUUCCGCGUACUGCACCGCAAUACUUGUUGCCGCCCAGAGGGCCUAAUUUGGAACCAAAAUAUAAUGUACGGAGGCGCCGGGAAGCAUGGCCGCGGUGGCGGCGGAGGAGGCCGUGGCAACGGCGCCGGCAAGCGCAACAUCCACUCAUCAUUUCACACGCCUCCUAUUCAGAGGUCUUCUGGUGUCUCCGGAGGCCGCCUGUCAGGCGGCAGUGGAGCCGCUGGUCCCCGCAACCGUGGCGGCAUCUCUUCUGCCCCCAAUUCAUCUGCUCCUUCCAAUGCGGUAGAGGAGAGUUUUAACCUCGUUACUAAAAAUCCUUUGGACUUCGCAAUGAUAAUUCGGCUGGCGCCGGGCCUCGUGGAGGAGAUCAAGCGCGUGGAGGAUGAGGGGGGCAUGGCGCAGAUCAAAUUUGAUGCAAAUGCUAAUAAUUGUAUCGGAAACGUUAUUAAUGUGGGCAGUAAGGACUUUAGAUUCACAUGGUCACGAGAUGGGGGAGACCUCUGUGACAUAUAUGAAGAGCAGCAAAGUGGUGAAGAUGGAAAUGGCCUGCUAGUAGAAUCAGGUAGCGCUUGGAGAAAGCUGAAUGUACAGCGCGUUUUGGAUGAAUCAACUAAAAAUCAUGUGAAAAUGCUAUCUGAGGAAGCUGAGAGGAAGUCUAAAUCGCGCAAAGCCAUCGUUUUAGACCAUGGAAAUCCAUCUACAAAGAGUCAAGUGAAGGCAAUGGCUGCUGUUGAAGGUAAUCCAUGGAGAGCAGGUUUCAAGCAACCUCCUCUCAAGAAAAGGAAAGCUGAUCCACCACCAGGUGGCUCUUCUAGACCUCCUUAUAAAUCCAGUUUAUCCACAAUAACUCCUUCAAAGGGAAGGCCUUCCACUUCACCUUUAUCUUCUCCAUUUCAUCCAUCUGGUAACCCAGCAUCUCCAUUUGGGAGUGGUCUCCAGAAAAGCCAGACAACUGUGGAAGAAGUUCCCACUCAACCCAUGAAUAAAACUGCUAGCUCCGACAAAGAAAUUCCACCAAACCAUGUGAACAGUAUUGGGGCACAAAAUAUGCCCGGGUGCAAAAGGAGUACGGAUUGCAAGCCUUCCAAUCUACGUAGCUUGUUGAUUUCUGCCCUUGUGGAAAACCAAUCAAAUGGAAUGAGCCUUAAGGCCUUGGAGAAAGCUGUUGGAGAUGUUUUUCCAAACUCAGCAAGACAAAUUGAGCCAAUCCUUAAAAAGAUUGCAAAUUUUCAGGCUCCAGGUAGAUAUUUUCUAAAACCAGGAGUGGAGAUGGAAAGCUUCAAGACACCUAUGGCUGAAAGUGGAAGCUCUCCUGAAGAGAAUUGUCACACACCACCUGCCCCCAAUAAACAUGACGAGUUCCCAUCUUCACAACCCAGCUUUUCCAUGAGAAUUAAUACCAAUGAGUUGGAAGGGCAAGCACAGUUGAAUUCUAAAACUGAAGAAGCAUCUAAUGCCUUAGAAGCAGUUGAUAUACUUGAGCAAUCACCUGACUAUUCUGGUGAGAAAAAGGUCUCCGACCACAAUUUAGAGCCAGCAGAUAGCUCUAGUGAUAGUGGAAGUGAUAGUGAAAGUGAUAGCAGUGACAGUGGAAGUCAAAACAAAAGUAGUCCUCGGGGCAGUAGAAGUGUGAGCGGGAGUAGCAGUGAUAGUGAAAGUGAUGCCUCUUCCAACAGUAAGGAGCCAUCUGAUGUGGAAGUGGAUAUCAUGAGUAGUGAUGAUGACCGAGAGGAAAAAGAUAAACUGCAAGCUUCUGAACCUGGGUUAUCAAAAUCUCCCAUUCCAUCAGGAACUCAAGAUAUUGAGCAUGGUCAGUUUGGGAUUGAUGAAAUGGAACAUGUUGAUGUUGAUGUUGAUGUUAUUGAUACUGUGGAAAUUGAGAACCACUUACAAGUUGGUGAACGUGGCUUGGAAAAGACCAUUACUGAUAAGGUACCUGUGAAGGAAGGCAAACAACGAACGGAAGAGACUGUACCUUCAUCUGAUCAAAAUGAGAACCAAGAAAGCCAAGUCCAAGCAGCAAUGUAUAGUGGAACAGAAAGCAUGACAAAAACAGGUUUCAAGCAUGAGCAAUCAGAUAGCUUCAGAGCACCUAAAAGUAAGUCUAAAAGAGUUUCUGAUGUAAAGCAGUUCGAUGAUAAACCUGAUCGUACUAAAAGGUCAAAGACUGGAAGCAUAAACCAACAGCAGAGUUCUGGUAGGAACCCAGUUUUUGCUGAGGGUUCUCAAUAUUCAUCUCCUGAUAGGCCCCUUGAAUUCUCUUCCAAGGGUGUUGAUGUGCCAAUGGCUAAUAGAAUGGGUAGAGAAGGUACUUCUGAUUUUUCUUCACAAAAAGGCUACAACCAAGCCUUUUCUGGAAACUCUCUUUCCGAUUUUCAUCAGCCAGAUCAAAGACCUGUCGAAUUCUCUGGACAGGGAAAAGCUGCUGCCACAGCAGAAAAACCAGUCAAAUAUGGAAAUAUAUUGAGCCGCGGUGCUAAGUACUCUGAAAGUAGCUUUUCAUUGAAUGAUGGUUUCCCCUCACAGAGAGAUAAAUUUAGUAAAGAUUCAGUUCAUGAAGAUGGGAUUCUUGAUGAACAAAGAGCAACGAAAAUUUCCAAAGAAGGUACAGGGGAAUGGCAUCAAACAUCCAUUGAUCCCCAGUACCGGAGGUGUGAUAAUUUAGACCCUGGAUGUUCUCCAAAGGAAAAUAACACAAGUAAUGUGGGAAGAUCUGUAAUGAACGGGCAAAAUAAGAGACUUCAAAGAGAACUUUCAGACUUGGAGUUAGGUGAAGUUCGUGAUUUCAUGCCUGAGGAAACACCUGCAUUGCAAAAACAGAGUGAGAGAAGAAGUUCCUUCAAAGGAGAGAACAAACCAACAAGUUCAGACCACUGGAAUGUAGACACAAGUAAAGGAAAAGGGGCUAAUAAGAUUGUAGCAGGCUCAAAAAAAGCAUCUCCACCUCAUUCAAACAUUGCAGGUGGUACUCCAGAUGGCUUAUUUAAGAGGAAGACCCUGGAACCUUACCCUGAAGAUUGUACAAGACCUCAACAAAAAUCUCAGCAACCUGUGUCUCAACAGAACCAUUUCAGAGUUGAUCAGAAUGAAGUUGGAUACCUUAACAAAGCAGCAGAAGCAAGUAGUAAAAACAGACAGAAUGAAGCUGGAGGGAGCCCAGAGGUUUAUGGAGAUAAUCGCAAAAAAUUGCCUGGUGGAGCAGCAAAACGGCAUGAGGCAAAACGGGGAGGUGGGCAUAUUUCUACUAAGGAAAGCAACAUGCAGAAAGCUAAUUUAGUUGCUGACCAAAAUGGCAGGCGAAAGGAUGCUUCUUUGACAGGGAGUAAUGAUGACCAGAAGCGGAAGGAAUCUUCUCCAGAUGAGAUUAGUUGUUCAUACUACAAGUAUGAAAAGAAAGAGCCAGAGUUCAAGGGCCCAAUAAAGGAUUUCUCCCAGUAUAAAGAGUAUGUGCAGGAGUAUUUAGAAAAGUAUGAAAGUUAUUGCUCACUAAACAAAACCUUAGAGUCUGACAGGAUUAAGUUCAGUAAACUUGGAAAGGACCUGGAGGUUUGUAAAGGAAGGGACUUGGAGAGAUACUAUGUCAUUUUGGAACAGUUGAAAGAUUCUUAUCGUCAAUGUGGAGAAAGGCAUAAACGACUCAAGAAAAUAUUUGUUGUGCUUCAUGAAGAACUGAAGCAUUUGAAGCAGAUGAUGACAGAAUUUGCUGCUUCAUAUGCCAAAAAUUGACAACCUGAUUUCUCCCUGGUUUCGCCUAUUUGAAUACUUACCCUUUGGUGUCUCAUGGAGAGAAUUGCUCUGGAUAUUGCCAUUUAAUUUUGAUGAUUUGAGCGCAUAUGACAGUCUUCUUGUCGGUGAGAAAUGCGGUCUCUGAUGGUCCAUUCACAUGGAGCUCCAAUAUCCUUGUGCCCAGUAGCGACAAAAAUGCUGUGGUUUGGUCGAGUGAUCCAGUGCUCAAUUUUGAAGAGUUUAGAGCAGUAUACGAGGGAAGCGGCAGAAAUAGUGGGUUGGUAGUAAUGACAUAAUUGGAUGUAAAUAGAAAUUGGAAAGUAAAAUUUCUGUUUCAACUCAUUUUUUUCUUCCUUUUUUUUUUUUUUCCUGUAGAUUACUGGGAGCUGUUUUUUGUGUUGACACCUGCACCCAUCCAGGUGCAUUUCUUUUAGGUUUUUCAUCACACUGUAACUCAUGCAUGUGAUGAUCCUACAAAUGGUUUGGGUGAACUUGUAAGUAGUUAUUGAUUUACUAGAUACUUGGAGAACAUGAA